CAUUGUCCGCCCGAUCAUCUUGAUUCCUUGGAGAGGAAGAAAGAGCUGUACGAAAAGAAGGUGGUGUCCGUUAUUUCCGAAAGUGUCCAUUGCCUGCAGCUUCAUUGGCAGAUUCUCCGUCUCCCCCAAUUUUCUAAAAUCCCCAAAAUACCCUCCUUCGCUGAAGAAGGAGAGAAGAUGGAGGAUCCGAAGAAGAAAUUACCAUCUCUGCCAUCGAACUACGUUACCCUUCAACAGCUCCAAGAACUGAAACUCAGAGAACAGCAGAAGCAGAGAGAAGAAGAAGAAGAGAGAGAGAGGCAGCUACAGAAGCAGAGAGAAGAAGAAGAAGAGAGAGAGAGGCAGCUACAGAAGCAGAGAGAAGAAGAAGAAGAGAGAGAAAGGCAGCUACAGAAGCAGAGAGAAGAGGACGAAGAAAAGGAGAGAGAAAAGCUGCUUCAAAAAUCCCUCAAAACCCUAGAAGCCAAAGCCCCAAAACGCUUUUCCGGAAAAUACCACAAAAGUCGCUUCCAGAAGGAUAGAAUCAUCCCUGCCGUUGAAGGAGAAAUCGACGGUCAGGAGCGAAAGGUGGAAGAGCCCAAGAAGUUAGGGAAGAAAAAGCUUAAAAGGAAGAUGAAGGUGAAAGAAACCCUCGAUGCCAGUCUGGGAAAAUUGGAAGGGGAUUCGGCGGGGAGAGAUCGGUCCAAAAGCGGUGAGAUUUCAAUGAAAAUCUCCGUUCCGACGCUGGAGAUUAUUCAGAAGAUUGGGGAUCUUGCAAUUUGUGAUUGUGAGAAGACAGGGGAAAUGGAUGGAUCGGGUGCGAAAUCGACGGCUGAGAAGAGAGGUGAUUCUCUACUGAAGCAGGAUUUUGAAUGGAGGACGAAGCUCGUGCCUAAGAUAGUUGAUCGUGAGAAGAACGGUUCGGAUGGAGCGAAUAAGAGAUCUACGGCUACGAGAAGUAGUUUUCGAACCAAUAAGAAGGGUGGCGGAGGGAGGCCGGAGUCUUUGCGUCAGACACUGUUUCUUGAUUGUGAGAAGCCGGGGGAAUUGGACGGUUCGGAUGGAGUGGAUGAGAGAUCUACUGCCGACAAGAGAGGUAAUUCUCGAAGAAAGGGUCUCAGAGGGAGGCCGGAGGAGCCUAUGCGUCAGAUGGUGGUCGUUGAUUUUGAGAAGCCGAGGAAAAAAGACGGUUCGGAUGAAGCGGAUGAGAAAUCUACGGCUGAGAAUGUAGUUCGUUUUCAAAGGAAGACGGAUUCAGGACGGAAGCCGGAGCCCGUUCGUCAGAUAGUGGUUGCUGAUUGUGAGAAGGUGGAAGUGGACAGUUUUGAUAGAGCGGAUGAGAAAUCUACGGCUGAGAAUAGAGGUUUCUUUCAAAAGAGGAGGCGUCGCGGAGGAAGGCAGGAGCCCGUUCGUCAGAUAGUGGUGGCUGACUGUGAGAAGAGGAGGGAAAUGGACGGUUCGUAUGGAGCAGAUGAGAGCUCUACGGCUCAGAAUAGAUGUCGAUUUGGAAGGAGGGGUUUGCGAGGGAGGGCUGCGGUGUAUCAGACGUGGGUUAGGAAGGAUGAUAUUUCUGACGGUGCUCCCGCAGGGUUUCAGUGCUCCAGCAGAAGGGGUAGGCCGUCGGGAAGAGGUAGAUACACUGAAACUGCGAGUGUAUUGUAGCUGCUGCCUCCGUAGCAUUAAAUAGGUAUUCUACCUACCACGGGCGGUCUUUUAUUUUGACAGCUGGAUGGGCAUACCCAGAUCUGUGACUUGAACAUACAUUCAUACAUUCAUGCAAAUGCAUAAGUAGUCGUAUUGCUCUAUAAAUUGAAUAUGAUUUGUUAACCUAUUUUGGAAUGAUGUGAUAUAGUUGAAUCUAUGAGGAAAAUUUUCACUGAGUUUUCACUCAUCCAAUCGUGCGGUUGCAGCAAAUAGACACAGGUGUAAUGGAGGAAGGCGCCUAUAGCAACACCCCUGGUGUAGCUAAUGAGGAGUAUGGAGAGGAAGGACAGUAUGCUGACCUGGUUGAGCCGAUAGAGCUCCACUGAUGAUAUAAGAAUUAUCUACCUUCUUGUUUUUUGGCAUUACUUUUAUGUGACUUAUUUGAAUUUGUAAUUAAAAAUCCCCUGCUGUGGGAUCUUGCUUUACUUCUUACACUUAUUCAUGUAUGUUGAACUCCUCUGGUUAGUUUAUACCAUGGUUAUAUCUUGUUGCUA